AGGAAAAGGAGGAGGAGGUGGUGGCGGCGGUUUGCUACUGCAUGUGGCGGAGCUGACCCGGCACUGGGCUGGGAGGAGGAGGAGGAGGAGGCGGACCGGACCGGACCGCCCUCCUUGUCCCUCCCUCCUUCUCCAAGUAAUCUGGGCGCCCGACUUCUCGCAAGCGGCCGAGGCGAGGCGUUUGCGCUCUUGGAGACGCGGAACCCGGGCAGCUGCUUCGCCGCGCCACCAUGGAUUCGGAUUCCGGAGAGCUGAGCGAGGGGGAGCUGGUUUCUUCAGCAGGUCCUGAAAGCUUCAGUUCAAAGAGCCUUGCACUGCAAGCCCAGAAAAAGAUCUUGAGUAAAAUGGCCACUAAGACCAUGGCUAACAUGCUGAUUGAUGACACCAGCAGCGAAAUCUUCGACGAGUUAUACAAAGUGACCACGGAACACAUGAAGAACAAGAAGGAAGCCCACAAAAUCAUGAGGGACUUGAUCAAAGUGGCCAUCAAAAUCGGGAUCCUCUACCGAAACAAUCAGUUCAAUUCCGAAGAGCUGGAGAUUGUCGAGAAGUUCCGCAAGAAGCUGAACCAAGCGGCCAUGACGAUUGUUAGCUUUUAUGAGGUGGAGUACACUUUCGAUAAAAAUGUCCUCUCGGAACUCCUGAAUGAGUGCAAAGACCUUGUUCAUGAACUCGUGGAACGGCACCUGACAGCCAGGUCUCAUGCGCGAAUCAAUCACGUCUUCGACCAUUUCGCAAAUGUGGAGUUCCUCACUGCCCUCUAUAGCCUUGAUGGGGAAUGCCGACCACACCUCAAAAAGAUCUGUGAUGGAAUCAACAAACUGCUAGAUGAGAAAGUCCUUUGAAACUUUGCCCUUUUU